AUCCAGGUUUCGGAGCAGUGCCGAGGCAACACCGUACCCUGCGUUGUGCGCGUCCGUUUCGGGGACGGAUUUGCACCAGAACCGCCGCAGCACUUUUGUUGGGGGGGGGGGGAGGGUUGGAACCCUUCUAGUAUGAGAACUUCCAUUCCAGCUCCUUUGAUUUCUUUCAUUCUCAUAUUUGGUCAUUUUCUUCAUUUUGACCAUCCGACCUGCUCAUUUUCCUGCUGCUGUCACCCACAGUUUGUGUCUGAGCGCCGGCUGAAAGGGGAUCUCUCUCGCUCUCUCUCUCUCUCUUUCUCUCCAUUCCUCCACCAGACAUCAGUGCACUCUGCUACGCCGCUGCUGCUCGGGACUGCCGGACUAUAACAACGCAGGGGGAUUUAUAUUCGUGUUGAUUUCCAUCCGCCGCCCGGCCCACAGCGGACACCGGCACUUCUUCUUCUCUCUGAGGGAUGUAUCACAGCUCUGAGCCGGGGAGAAUAUAAAGCCACAGUCCGCCGAGUGAACUCCACUGCGCCUUUUGGUUUUUUUUUGGAGCAGGUCUCUCAUCGGAAGAUGCUCUGGUAGGCUACGCGUGAUCGGGGGUCUGUGGUCCGUGCGCAUCCCCACUGGACCGGGAUAUAAGGUGAAGAAAUCGCCGCGGUCAGCCUUUUUUUCUGGAGCGCUUUAUUUUUGGUGUCGUGGACAUAUUUGGUUAUUUUGUGUGUGUGUGUGUGUGUGUGUGAGAAGGAUUUUGCACCCCGCCCGGAGGCGCGCAGGGCUAACCAUGGGGGACUCGAUGUGGAGAUAUUAUUUUGGAGUUCUCUUUAUUGCCUUCAAAGUGGACCUGUGCCGGGCGCUCAUCCUGGAGUCCAUCUACUGGAACACAACAAAUACCAAAUUCGUGCCGGGCCAAGGCGUGGUUUUGUACCCCCAGAUUGGGGAUAAGUUGGACAUUGUGUGCCCGCGCGUGGACGGCGGCGGGAGCGACGGCGUGGAGUAUUACAAGGUGUACAUGGUGCCCAGGGAGCAGCUGGAGAGCUGCACCAUCACCAAGGCCGACACGCCGCUGCUCAACUGCGUCAAGCCCGACCAGGAUGUCAAGUUCACCCUCAAGUUCCAGGAGUUCAGCCCCAAUCUGUGGGGCCUGGAGUUCUUCAGGGGGACGGACUACUACAUCAUCUCUACGUCCAACAGCACCAUGGAGGGCAUCGACAACCAGGAGGGGGGAGUGUGCAAGACCAAGUCCAUGAAGAUAAUCAUGAAAGUGGGACAAAAUCCCUCUGAUCCUAUUUCACCCAAAGACAACCCCACCAGAGUACCCUACCCUCCCAAGCAUUCAGACGGCAAGGAGACCUACAACCCUAACGAUGUGCUGGAGAAACCAGGUGUAGCGCCCAGAGAAAGCGGCGAGACCGACACCGGUGGCAAGUCCUCCAACGCCAUCGGCUCCGAGUUGGCGGCCAUCUUCGUGGGCAUCGCUUCGGGCAGCGUCAUCUUCAUCAUCAUCAUCAUCAUGCUGGUCCUGCUGCUGCUCAAGUACCGGCGGCGGCACCGCAAGCACUCGCCGCAGCACGCCGCCACGCUCUCCCUAAGCACCCUCGCCACGCCCAAACGGAGCGGCGGCGGCGGCGGCGGCGGGAACAAUAACGGCUCGGAGCCCAGCGACAUCAUCAUCCCGCUCAGGACUGCUGACAGCGUCUUCUGCCCGCACUACGAGAAGGUCAGCGGCGACUACGGCCACCCGGUCUACAUAGUUCAGGAGAUGCCCCCCCAGAGCCCGGCCAACAUCUAUUACAAGGUCUGAGCUGGAACUUUAAAAAAACGCAAGAGACGAACUGGAACAAUCCCGGGCAGAGUGGGUUUUUAGUUUCGGCUGGCGCCGCCGGCACGCCCGCAAUCACUCUCGCUCUUUCUCUCUCUGUCUCUGUGUGUCCACUCCUCCUCCUCUUCCUCCUCCUCCUCGUCUCUGAUGUGUUGUCACUGCUUUUAUCUUUAUCGAAGUUUUGCUGAUACCUUGUUGCUGUGGUUCGGUCCCAGUCGGUGCGGACGGGAUGGGUGACAUGCUAGCGCUGCCUCGGCUGCCUCUGCUGCUCUCCGGGGCUCUCUGGGACUCUCUGGGGUUCUUGGGGCUCUCUGGGGUUCUCUGGGGCUCUUGGGAAAUAGAGAGGACCAUCUCUUCUUAUCCCAACGCUGCCCCCUUGUUUUGCUCUGUGCACAGCAGCCAGCAUUGUGGAGGAACUGAAUGUUGUGGAGAAGAGAAAUUUAGACAGAUCCACAGCAGGAAUUUUUCGUUUCCUCGGAUUGGGACGGACGGACGGACGGACGGAUGUACGGGCGUGAAGCUUUACUGGCACGAGAGGAGGGGAAGGAUUCUUUGGCCCUUACCUUUAAAAGAGACUACUGCUUGGAAAAAGAGAGGGAAAGAGACAAUAAAAAAACAAGUGAGGAGGAGAUGUAAAGGAAAAUAUGGGCUGAGCCAUAUGAACUCACAAAAUGGCCGCCCUACCGUGAUGCACACAAGCCAGAGAGACUCUGUGGAUUAACCGGUCGGACGAGGACAGGGGAGAGAUUCUCGCAGCGAUCCUCUCCGGGACUUUCAUGACUGACUCACGCAUUCACCCUGCCACCCACCAUCACAUUAACCCCCAACCACACACACACACACACACACACACACACACACACACACACACACACACACACACACUUGUCUCACCAGUCAAUGUGAACUGUUUGGAUUGCACCAUCUCUCCUCAUUUCCCAGAUGUGUUUUUCAGCGAAUCCCUUCUUUCAGAUGUCACUUGAAGGUUUUAAGGAAGAAAACUAGAUCCUCUUUUGUUGUACUGUCAACAUUUACUGAUUUUUUGCUCAUAUCGGUUUGGUUCAAAUGCAUAUGGAUGUUUUUUUUUUCUUCUUUUAGUGACAUGUCAUAUAGUACGUGACGUUCAAACACAAGUGACCCAACUGUGGCCAGGAGUGGCGAGAGCGUGAAAAAACCCAGAGUGAGGAUUUUUAGUUUUUAUUUCGCGCCCCCCCACCCCCUCGCCAGGGUGAGGUCUGCCCUUGUGGCUCCUGGGAAGAGUGGAGGACUUUCAUAUACAUAGAGCAGCACUUUGAACUCCUUUUUGGUCCCUACACCCUUUCCAGGAGUCCUAGAGAGUCACAGUGGUAGCAGCUGGAUCCCGGCUUUUUACACGGGGAAAGUGUUAUGGGGCAAUAAGAAAUCCAAUUGGCCUUACUGCCGUUUUUUUUCCGCAUCAGGUAAAUAGAGAAUUAGAGGUUAGCAUAGCUGGCUUAAAGAGCUCUAGGUACUGUUAUGUUUACCCCUGGGGGUCCAAUGAGGAUCAAGAGUGCCCUUAGGGGCUCCAAAUCAGCGUUGACCGGUGCUCUCCUAUUCUUGUUCGAAAAAAAAAAAAAAAAAGCACAGGGACAUCUUCUUACAUUGUCACUGUUUCUCAAUCUCCAUUAGCAUUUCCAUAUUGUGAGUGUUUGAUUUACUUCUCUCUUUUUUUUUUUUUUUCAAAAUAGAUGUACAUUUAAAAAUAAAAGGACAUUACGCAGAGGAAAAAGAAAUACAAGU